CGCACUUGAAAAACGUUGUGCGGCCGGUUGCCUUGGGAUGCCGCUGAUAGCAUCCUAUCCUGGGUACUAAUUUACAGAAAGCCACUCGUAAGUGGAGAGGCUUAUGGGAUGCUCCAGAUGGAGCCCGGGAUAUUGCCCUGAUGGCGCUGCUUGGUAGCAAGAGCGGCGCCACAUCCGAGAGGUCGAGGAAGGUGGCCAAAUCUUAUAAGACGUGCAGGUUGUGGAAAUCGGUCCGUGCUGAUCUUUUUAUACAGGGCCUUCUCAAUGGUUUUUCCAUCCCAGCAGAAAACAUGACAGACGGCUGGGUGGAUUGUCCCUCUUUGGGCCCUGGCUGGAAGCGUCGUGAAGUCUUGCGUAAAAGUGGAACAAGGAGUGGCCAUUCAGACACUUACUAUAUAAGCCCCAGAGGAGAGAAGAUCCGCAGCAGAGUGGAGCUGUUGAGAUUGCUGGGAUGCUCACGGGAUCUGACUGAUUUUGAUUACAGGAGGGGCAUUUUUGUUGAGCCAAACACAGAGCCUCUGCCCUCAGCACCUCUCUUACCUACUGAAGGAAGUCCUCAGAGGGUCAAAAAGAGUAGCAAAAAGCACCUACUGCAUCUGACAGAAACCACCAAGAAACCACCUCAUUUGCAGGUGUUUCUAGAGCCUCAGCUUUCUCCAGGACAGGGGCUUCUGGACCAGAAACCUCCAGAGCCGGAAUUAGAGUUUCUGGGAGAGAACCAAGUCAAUAUGCAGAGUCAACAGUCAGAACUUCCUGUUACUCUGGAUCAACAGGCGCCAAAGCCACGCAAACAACAUUAUCAGCAGCCUCUUCCAGCCAUUCCCUCGCCAGGAAAAAUAGAAGACGUGACAUUGCAGGAGAGCAAUCCAAAAGAAGCUAUGGCGUGCUGUGCCAGCUGUCGGGGACAGUUCCCAGAAGUAAUGCUACCAUCUCAGAGGCGUUGUCGGUGGCUCUGCCCAGACUGCAGAGCUCAGAGAAGAGCUUUUAACAGGGAGCAAAGAUAUUUCAAGCAAAUUGGCUGUGGUGUGUGCCAGGCCUGCCAGAUGUCUCAGGACUGCGGCAUCUGCAGUGUAUGUGUUCUGCGAGCCCAAAGCCCCAAGUUCCGCAUUGACAUCAAAUGCUUGCUGCGCCGAUGCUUGAAGAUUGUCAAAAAGGGCCUUGAUUGUGGCAUGUGUCAGGCCUGCAAGAUAACUGAGGACUGUGGGACCUGUGCAAUCUGUUUGCGGAGGCAAAGACCUGGCAUGAAACGUCAGUGGAAAUGUCUCAAGCGCCGUUGUCUCGAACGCAAGAAAAAAAUCUCACCCAAGAAGGACAGCUGCAGCUCGAAGAAAGUUAUAGCAGAAUCUUCAGCAAAGAAUGUCUUCACCCCAAAACAAUGUGGGCAGAAAAAGCCAACUUUAACCACAGGUGGGCAAUUUCCAAAGGCUCAGUUGGCCCCAGGCCAUCCCCACCGGAGGCAGUCUGCUACCCCAAAAUGGAAACCUACCAUACAAAGGGAUCCUGGAGACAAUCCACUUGUAAGGCAUAGGAAGAAGCAAUUGGGAGUGGCGAAAGAGAGGAAGAAAGUGGGCCGUCCUCCCAAGCAUCCUGUGGCUAAACUCAAGAACAGUGUGCAUUCCUCCAAAAAUCAGCAAAACCAGAAGUGUGGUGAAUGUGAAGCCUGUCUGCUGAAAACAGACUGUGGCCGCUGUGAUUUCUGUUGUGACAAGCCCAAAUUUGGAGGGCAGAACCUCAAACAGCAGAAGUGCCGGUGGAGACGAUGCCUGCAGUUUGCAAUGGAAUCUUCGUUGACCAGUGAGUGGACUGAAGUGCCCAAAUCCCUGGGCUUAGAGAUGCCCAGGCAGGAGAAGCUGCAUCUGCAGCCACAGCCUCCACCGCCAGUGAAGCUGAAGAAGGAAACUGUGUCCUCUGCCUCCCACCAACCUACAAAGGAGUGUUCCGUUGUGCCAGCAUAUAUCCAGCAAAAGCAAAAGAUACCUCACCGCCCCAUCCUACCCACCUCAGUCAUAGGAAAGGUUCCAGAUACCAAACUGCCUGUAGUCAAUCUUCUUAUUGCCACCUCUCCCCCAAAAAAGCAAGAAUAUGCAGAACCAGGUGGGAAUUGUCAGACAUCCAGUGACUCUCUGGCAUCAGCAGGAUUCCCCCGAUUUAAGAAACUAUCAGGAACACCAAGCACAGAAGUGGUAGUUCUUGAUGAUCCAGAAGACGAUGAAAUGGGACUAUUGCAGCAAAUUCAGCCUCCAGUAAUUAUGGAGGUCUACAGUCUGGGUGGUGUGCAGCCCCUCUCUCAGUUGGACAGUGUCUUGCGAGAGUUCUUGGCUGAGCUGAAUGAGAUCCCUCUCCCUGCUCAUUGGGAGGUGCUGCCUCCACUUGGCAGCCCAGACCUGCGUCUCGUCCAGCGCUCGAAACAUUCCACCAUGUCUGCCGCAGUCAUUCACAUACGCCCGGGCCUUUUUUUCCACGUGGUAAUGCAAGAUCUGCUGGUGCCUCAGGAACAUGAACUUUAUGCUAGCCACCCUGCCCGCCUGACCACGGUUGAUGAGGUGGUGGAACUGAUCUGCGAUCUGGAGGCCUACCAACUUUGUUUGGGUUGGCCUGCAGGGUGGCAUGCUAGAGAACGGUCUGAGACCUGUGAUAUUCUUGUUCAUUCAGGCUGCUGCCCACACUGCCGGCUCAACCCCUGGCCAUCAGGAAGUGGCACUCACUGAGAACCAAGCUGGGCAAGGAAUUUGGAGAUAGAUUCACAAUCCUCUGGUCUGAGAAUGAGCAGUUAACUGAAGUUUAAUUUUGACACUGGACAUGGCUUGGAUUUCUAAAAGGAUAAUUCCUUGCCAUAAAUAGCUUUAUUUUUUCCCCCUCAUGUUGAAUAGCUUGGCACAAAAAGAUAUAUUCCUCCUUCUUGUCUUCUUUUUGAUUCUUCCCCCCCCCCCCCCCGGUAACUUGCUUCUGCACUUCCGUUGUUCAGAGAAGUUUCUUUUGGCGACUAAAAUCCAGUUUUGCUUUAGCCAUUUACUCAUUUCUUGCUAGAGAAGUACUGGGUGGACAGCGUGUAUCACAGCAACUUGGGCUGACCACCGGUUUUGUGCACUUUUAAAAACUUUUUAUGUGUUUGGCAAUGUAGUAUUAUAGUUUGAUACGAUGGGCAUGUGGAGAUGGGCAAUGCAUCCAUUUGGGAUCCUGUUUCCAUUGUUUUUGCUUGCCUAGUCCCACUCUGUCAUAUCUAGCACUCUCCUGGAGAAUUUUAGAUCUACAGUAUGAUCUUCACCAGAUCCUGGAAGAAUGGGAUUUUACAAUAGAAUCUCCUCCUUCAAACAAAUUCUUACGGUCUAGACAUUUUCCCUGAUUUGUUUAGAACUUGAAUUGUUGCCUCAAAUAUGUUUUCCUUUGCUUUGUGCUUUGGGGUUUGGAUGGGGAAUUUUGUUUGAGGAUCUGCAAGACUUAUGCUCUGGGGAGCAGGAAAGGUCCCACAAAUGGUGCCUGAGAAAAAGUUGGUGUGCUGCCAUUCUAUAUGCUGAGAUUCCAGCAUGUUCUGUUCAGGGAAGUUCUACAGAAGCCAUAGCUGUAUGUCACUUGCUAACUUGUGGUUUUGUUUCAUGUCUUCCUUCAGUGUAGUUGGCGGCCCCUCCCCUGCGCCUUUUGCAGUUUGUCUGACUUUCAUGAUGUGUGAUAUUUUUCUUUCAGAAGAAAAGAAUGAAACUGUCCUCAAAGAAAUAACAAAUCAGAACUGGCUUCUAUUUUUUUUAACAUAUUAAAAAUUUGAAAGAGCAAA